AUGGAAGAAACCCGUACCAAAAGCACCUGCGCCCUGGUCGUCAUCGAUGUCCAGAACGAGUUUCUCUCCACUAAGGGCAACUUCCCCAUCUCCAACGACUGCAAACCCAAUCUCGUCAAGAACCUGAAGAACCUCAUUCCCCAGUUCCGACAAAGCGGUGGUCACGUCAUUUGGGUCCAAGCCAUCUACAAGAACAGAACAGAAGAACCAGCCCGCAUGAAGGAGCAGACCAAAGGGAAUGGAAUAUUGGGGAACAACGAAUGGCUCACCGUCGCUACACACGUCUUCCCAACACCGUGUUGUGAAGCUGGUAGCUUUGGAGCCCAGAUCUACCCCGAGGUCUUCACUCUUGCAGCUCCAGACGACGCUGUCGUUACGAAGGGAGGAUACUCUGCGUUCAAUGAAAGCACGGCUUUGCUCGAAGCUCUCCGCGAGAGGAAAGUCACCAAUGUUUAUUUCUGUGGAGUCGCAUCUGGAACAUGCGUCCUUGCAACUGUUUUGGACGCCGUUAAGCUUGGGGAUCUCCAGGUUCAUGUGGUGCCGGACUGCAUGGGUUGGAGGAGAUACAAUACCCAUGAAGCAGCUAUUGCUAGAUUCCAGGAGCUGAAGGUGAAUCUGAUCAAUAGCAGUGAAGUCGAACUGACGACAUCCUCACCUUGGACUCCCCCAUAUACUACCAAAAGUGACGAGACUUAA